AUGCCCUCCCAGCCAAAGUCCAUGAACGUGUACGCUCGAUGGCGACCGUUGCCUCACUCUGACGCCAGAGACAGCGAGAUAUCGCAUCGCGCAUCGUCCAUUACCCCCGAGUCCCUUCUCUCGGUAUCAGUCACAAGCUCUACCUCAUCUUCCAAAGAGGGCGAGUGGAAGAGCUCUCCAGCCUUCACCGCCGUUCUCGGUCCUGGUGAUGACAAUGCCAAAACUUACGAGACCAUCGUCGCACCAGCCAUCCCCAAUGUUCUGCAAGGGGGAAGCUGCAGUUUCUUCGCCUACGGCCACUCUGGAAGUGGGAAAACACACACGAUUGUUGGGUACGACUACGAGGAUAGCAAGCAGCUCGGCCUGUGUCUUGCAGCUGCGAGGCAAUUAUUCGACGCCCUAGAGCCCCUAAACCAUCACCUGCCAAUUUUGAAACGGCUGGGCCUCGGGUUCAGUCUGUUUGAACUCAGGAAGAAUACAGCUUUUGAUCUCCUGAAUGGGCGCGCCGAGUGUCACAUUCGAGAGGGCUACGACGGCAAGACACAUAUUCGCGGCGAGACGGAGAAGCUCGAGGGGGGAAAGGUCCGAGUUCGGCCCAUCGUAAAGCGCCCCUGCUGGGAUUUUGACAACUUGCGCCGGGAGCUGAUCCAGGCAAUGGGAAAGCGUGUGGUCGGUUCGUCCAGCGUCCAUGACCUGAGCUCUCGCACUCACGCCGUCUUGGAGCUGGAGAUUAUCAACCAGGAGCUGGUGGAUGCGAGAGAGGUCGUUGUCCAGCGACAGUCGGAGCUUGUUCCAGUAGGAAAGCGGGCCGAUGAUAUCUUGAUCGAAGAGCAAAUGAAGGCCGUCGUCAGGGCACCCGAUGGGAGUUGGAAGCCGAACCCGGAUUACCAAGUAGACCAAGUGCGCGUCGAUGAAGCUCUAGCCGAGAAGGCUGCGUGUGAAGCACGCAUUGCAGAUGCGGAGAAGUGCGUCGAUUCUGCGCUCGACUCGUCCUCGUCUCUAUGUUUGGGCGCCAAAAUCGUCUUCGUAGAUCUCGCAGGCGCCGAGUACCAUACCGAGAAGAGUUCCAAGAUGCCGCUGCUGAAACAGACACCCAAAGAGCGCCAAGAGGGUCGCCAGAUCAACACGGAUUUACUGGCAUUGAAGGAGGUCAUGAGGGCCUGGUCAACCAGCCAGACGCGGAUCCCUUUUAGGUCAUCGCCGUUGACCAUGGUGCUGCGUGAACAUUUUGUCCGGUCAGCUGAGAAAGGAAGCUCGUCGAUGAUUGUGACCGUGUCACCAGAGAGGGGGCAGUAUGCUGCGACAUUGAACUCUUUGAAAUACGGGAGCCUGGUGGGAGCGGUCAAGGCGUGA